AUGGCUGCCAACGACAUCCGGGGAUGGGUGAUGAGCGCUGUCUCAGGCGUUGCCUGCGUCCUCGGUUCGGCCAUCAUCUGUAUUGAUGUGUUGGUGCAGGUGCUAUCCCACCGCAAGAGCUUCCAGAUCGCCAACAGCAGUAACUUCCUGUCGGCUUCAUUAUGUCUCAGCGCCGGUGUGAUGCUCUUCACUUCCCUCUAUAGCAUGCUGCCGAACUCGAAAGAGUACCUCACCCGCGCCGGCUUCUCUCCGUCUGUAUCUGCAUAUAUCUUGACGAGUCUUUUUGUUGCUGGUGUGGUGGUUAUCCGUAUCGUCUCCAAUUUCAUCCAUCGGUUUAUUCCUUCGCAUGUCGUGGACUGCGCACAUACCCACGGUGACCCGGAGAACGACCCCGAACGCGGGGAGAAUCAUGCUGAGGACGAACACUCGCAUACACAUAAGACUGGACUUACGGAGAGGACUCCACUGUUACGGCCUUCUGAACAUCUGUCGUUCAAGUCAACACCGGCCGUGGUGCAACGGAGCCAACACAUUGAGCCUACUUCCACACGGCGCGAAACCAUGCGGGCAAUGCUAACUCGCCGAAUCACCUCUCUCAUGGGUGGUGUCAAGCCUCUCUGCGAUGAAAAUGGGCCAUGCUUCGGAGUCUCGCAAACAUGCGGCCGCGAGUGUACCAAGAUUCUCCCACCAGCUACUGUGGCCGCCACUGAGAUUCCUCGCCCCAACCUACCUCAUCGGCAGAGCAUCUCUGCGCCAUUGGAGUCUGAAAUCCCUCAUGCAGAAAUUGAUUUUGGCGUCAAUGCCACCACCGGUGAACCUGAAGCGGGCUACUUCGAUACCGUGGCUGCACAUCAUGACGUGCGCCCUUGCGUUGCAUCCUCCUCUUCGUCUCAAACUCACGAACAUGACUCUGAGCAUUCGCAUCACUCACAUUCGGCACACCAUCAUCACGGUGAGUCAGACAGUCAUGGGGAUGAUGUUGAAUCUGGACGUCCCAAGUCUGCUGGUGGCAAUCCUCACCACCACCAUGUACCUCAAAAUGCAUUUCUCUCCAUUGGACUACAAACGUCUCUCGCGAUUGCUCUGCACAAGCUUCCUGAGGGAUUUAUCACAUACGCUACCAACCAUGCCAGCCCAACACUAGGGUUGACCGUGUUCCUAGCUCUUUUCAUCCACAACAUUGUGGAAGGCUUUGCCAUGGCACUUCCACUUUAUCUAGCCCUGAACUCCCGUUGGAAAGCGAUGUUCUGGUCCAGCCUUCUUGGGGGCAUCAGUCAGCCCGCUGGUGCUGGACUAGCUGCCCUGUGGAUUUGGAGCACCGGCCAGCACGGUAGUGGCGAUGCUACCGGCCCUUCGUGGGGUGUCUACGGUGGCAUGUUUGCAGCCACCGCUGGAGUCAUGACCUCUGUCGCUUUGCAACUUUUCAGCGAGGGACUAGGUCUCACUCACCACCGCGGCAUGGGCAUUGGCUUUGCCGUUGCAGGAAUGGCGUUGAUGGGACUGAGUUUUGCAUUGACUGCUUGA